UCGGCUAGUCUCUGCGUUGCUCUUGUAAAAUGUAUACAACAUUUUUUGCCAGCCAGUUCCAAGUCAAAGAAAUUAUAUUUUUUUUAUUGAAUUUAAUGUGAGAUAAAUUGCUGGGAUAAGUUAAAAUUGUGAAAAUCUCGAUUGGAAAAGUAAAGCCGCUUAAGAAAAAAUAGUCGUAGAAUCCCGGUGUUUCUCUGGCUUUGGGCAAUAGGAAAGAAAUUGUGUUCCAUUGGGACAACACCACGUCAACCUUAUCGAUAGUGAGUCGCCAUAAACUGCGGUAGCUUACCUGAGAGGUACUUGUUCAUCCACCUUAUAGUCCGGACUCAAAACUGUUCCUGUCUUUGACUUAUGAGUUUGCUUGUGAAAAAUUCGCCUCGUCGCACUCGGGGACUGCCGCGUGAUGCAAAAUAAAAUGGAAUUAGUAAAUAACGUCGUACAAAGAUAUAUACCUACACAACCGCUACAUACAUAAGAAUCCCUAUCACAUACAUAGAUGGCAAAUAUUCCAAGUGUUCAGAUGAGCAAAUCCGUUUACAUCAUUGCCAAUAUGAAAUAUUCAUAAAGGCAAAUCCAAAACGUGCGACAACGCGGGAAUUACCCGCUAAGAACACACGCGUGAAGAUACAAACACCGCAUUAGCGUAUGUACUAUGUAUGUACUUAUAUGUGCAUAUGAGUAAGUGAAAGGCUGGGUAAUGUCGCCGAGUGCGUGACUGUCGACAGCAAUCAUCAUAUCUAGUAGAAAAUCUGUACCAACGUCAAUCACGCCAAUGUCAACAGUUCGUCUUCAACAAGUGCAACACAUUCAUCAUCAUUACCAAAAGGAGCAACAACAACGGGCACAGCAGCACACCGGCCCAGCAGACAACAGCACAACGAUCACCCAGAAGUAAAUUUAAAUAAUGCUAGUAACUGACAUUUUAAUGCAUUCUACGCCGAUUUAAGUGAGUUCGCGUCACCAACACAGCCACUUAAGCAAGACGCUACCCGAUACACACUCAAGCAUAGAAACCUAUUGCCAUCGGCGAAGUGGGUGCGCAAACCUCAGUGGCACUCUUAAAAUAUUUGAACUACACAUAGAGCAGGUAUCCGAGAGGAAGGGGGAAGAAAAAUGUUCGAUACGAAAUGGUUGCCUGCCGCCUGUGGCAGUUUGGCACCCGCUCUUAUACCGCCCGCACACAUGUUGGUGUUGGCCUAUUUUUGGGAAAAUUAUUCGCGUUACGUUGAUAAGCACUUUUGUACAUGCUCCUGCUGGGACACCAUAUUCAAAGGGCCCUACGAGUCGGGUGUUGCCUCGUACAAGCAUCUCUACUUCAAUGCCACACAAAAUUCAUUCAAAAUGUGGCUGCUCACUGUAUUCGCUGUUAUUGCGCUUUAUGAAUGCAUUAAACAGUUGAUUGCGUUGAUAUUGCAACAACGUUGUCGCUACUCGAUGUUGUUGCUCUUCUCGCUGUCGAUAUUUUCACACUAUUAUGCCUGGUGGGCGUACAUAAAUUACUACAACGAUGACUAUUACCAGCAAUGGAACCAUCAGCUAUUUUUUACGGUAACCGAAUUGAUAUCUUCCUUACUGGUCAUGCAUCUCGCGAACACCACCAACACUGUCACAUCAAAGAAAGUAUUCUGCAUUGUUGGCAUCGCCAUACUACACAUCACAGCCAGCAGUUUCGACCAGUUCUUCAUGAAUGUGGUGCGAGGCGAAGGUUAUGCGCAUCAAAUAGUACGAGAUAUCGGCUUUAUGGUGCCAGAUAUACUGCAAUUAAUCAUACCAUUGUGGCUCUUCCGCAAGACGCGUAAGGAAUCGUACACAACACGUCCCUUUUACCGAGACCGCAAUCUGCACAAAGACAUUGUGGCGAUGUUAUUCUUCGUGCUGGCGCUCUUUGUUGUCUGUACGAUUUUGUGAGAUAGAAUUUUCCAAUACCUACAGAUGAUGAAUAGUGAGGAGGAAGCGCGUGCAACGAGACGUAUGAAUCUGAUGGCUCGACUAUACUUCAAUGUGUAAGGUAAAUAAUGUAUACACUAUACAUAUAUACGUCUGUCUGAGUUACAGCAACAACAACGAAGUGUUGAAUUGAGCUGUAAACGCUUGAUGGUUGAUGCUGAUGAAGAGUUCCGAGGUUGCGGCGACACACUUUUUGCUGAAACUUAACGUUGGCGUGUAAGUCUAGAUGUAGUUAGUAUUAGCAACAAAUACAAAUAAAAUAUAUUAAAUACGUACUUAUUUACUUACAUAUAUAUAUAUACAUAUAUACAUAUUUACUUAUACUUAGACUAGUGUAGACCAAAAAAAAAAGUUUUCCCCUCUCUAACCUUGUGAUAACUGUGUUUCUUUGAUAUUCUUAGAUUUUAACAAAUUUAAUCAUAUUUAUUUAAAUUUUUUUACCGUAGUGACUAUUAUUUAGGUUCCCUAGGAAAAAAAUUAAAUAAGCUAUACAAUAUUAGAAGAGAGAGGGGGUUUAGCUGUCAUUCACACACUUACAUGCAUUUUGUCAAAUAUUUUUAAACACUGAGUUGCAUUUUUUGAAAUUAUACUAAAACUACGCUCCGUUGCGCAAUACCGUCUUUUUCCACCUUGAUAUGACUCAAGUCCACAGAAAGCAACGUUGGUAGAUUAUAUUUAGGUCUAGUAAAAGUAAAGUAAUUGUUUUUCCAAUAGAUGGCUUUAGUAAUCGGUAUCGCACGUUGUAUUCACUUCAAAUUUCGUGCUAUAAACACUUCUUAGACGGUUUCGUAAUUGCUUGACUCAGUAUAUUUUGAACAAGGGUGAAAUAUGGUCACCAGGAAAGAGAAACUACGCCAAAUUUUUGAGUUUUUUUCCGAUGACGCUAUGGAAAGUCAAUUGUCGAAAAUAUCGAUUAAUGAAUGUAAACCUUUUAGUCCAACCGUGAUGUAAGCAUUGUUUCAAGUGCCCAGAAGUUAAACCUUGUAAAAAAACAGUUUGAAACAAUGUAUAGGUGUCACACGAGUUCCGUUUAUUAUCCGUUAAAUAGAACCAAAUAACGGCAGGUUGUUUCAUAAACUUCGGUUAUAAGUUCUUCGUCUUUGAAGAAGAGUUGAGGUUUCGAUACUAGACGAAUUUAUAUGGUACUAAUAUUAAUGGUAGUUUUCAAAGUUCUCCACUUAGUUGUAUUCAUAGGACAAUUUAUACAUUGUCUCUAACGCUCAUACUGCUACUAGCGCUAAAUAAAAUAUCAGAGUGGACCGUAGACGGACGAAGGAUAUAAAUACAUACCACAUAUAUGUAUAUAUAUAAGAUCAGAGUGAAUAAUAUUUAUUAAUACCGACAACUAAAGCAGUUUAAAUUGUAUAAAGCGCUAGAAUAUAGUUGAUCCAAAGAAUUGUUACGAUUACAUAAAGUACACCAAAAACCAUCCUCAGAGAAUCAGAGAAGUCACAUGAAUAAAUCUAAAAAACUAAGAAAAAACCAAAACUUUCAAAGUGGCACUAGGUAAAUAAUAAUAUAUGAAGUUAACCGAGAUUUUAAGGAAGCCCUAUUUAACUAAUUACAAUAUUAUGGUCUGGAAACCUCCUCUCACAGGAAGGACUGCGUCAACUACUACAGUGAGCGAAGCCUAACUAUAACUGAAUAUAUUUAAGAAAGACACAACCUUCUGCUAAACUUAUUCAAAAUAUUAUUUCACCAGCUAGAUUUAUUUCCAAUAAUUAAGUACAUUAACAAACAUGCUCUGUGCUAAUAUUCAGAUACUCAGUUUUUAAUAUAUUUGACAGAAUGAUUUUAGUUGUGUAAGAUAUUGGAUGAACUAGCUAACAAAUAUAAUUAACGAAAUCUACAAUAUUAGACUUAUAACAUUUAUAUUAAGAAUACUUAGUUUCAAAAAUUUUAUAAAUUUAGAGAACAAAUAUUAAAAUGGAGUCAUAUCAUAGCACAACUUUGUACACCGUAGAUGACACUUAAAAAGUUCAUAGCCCACGUACAUGUAUAUAUAUAUACUCGUUAUGCAUUAGUAAGUACAUAUGUAGUAUUGCAUAUCAAUAUACUUAUAUAUGUAUAGUUACUAAAUGUGUUAAUAAUUUAAGUUUAAAACAACUAGUUUAGCAGUUAUUAUUUCAGUAUUCCAAAAGUUGAAGCCCAUAAGUCCUUUCGGGCCAUUGAGAACAGAGUUGCCCAACAGGGCUCAGGGAUUGUGUCAUCGUUUUAAUUAUUGCUCUUACGAAAAUCCGGUGCUUGCGUUAAUAGAAUCAAAUAGGGCAACAGUUAUGUUUAAAUCAAUGAGAUACAUCUAAACUAUGGGUUAUGCACCCCUGAUAAUGACCAAAACGUCAGGUUCCAAAACUUAAGAAAAUGUGGAGUUGUAAGUGAUGUUUCAUUAUCAUACACAGAUUUUAUUCCACAGUUCUCUUUUGUAAAAUCAAAAGUUUUUUCUUUUCCUACUCCGGAUAUAGAAAUUAACGGAGUUUCUUUCAAUACAUAAUCAAUUUUAUUAUUUAUAGUGGUUUAUGUAGCUGCUGAAACAAGAUAUACAUAUGUGAGAGACCUCAAUCUUUUAGCGGGUUCUUGGUUUUUAUUUCGUAGCUAUUUGCCGAUUUUCCACAUAGCGGUAUUAAAUUAAGUAUUAUCAUGCUAUUUGGUCUGGAGAGUAGGAGAGUUUGGCAAGAGAAUAAUACGAGUCUGUACCUCACUUUAUAGCUGAUAAGCGUGAUGCUGAAAAUGAACUCGUUGAAACAUCACCAGAUUUCAAGUCAUCGACUUUGACUAUGUUUUAAAAGAAAAUACCCUUAUGCUUCCAGUAGAAUAUUUUCUAUUUUCUGUGAAAUUAAGGUUCAGAGCGGAAAUCUAUAAAAUUUCUUGACAUAUUAUUCUUUUAGCCAUUAGCCAUAACCUUACAAGUAUUACCCGUUUGUUGAAGUGAUCUAACUAAGAAAUGCUGGGUAUAAAGCUAAACACAUUGUGAAGUCUAUCACAAGAUAUCAAAUAAGUUUGAAGAAACUUAAAAGUAAACCAUACAUAAAACUUAUUAUAGUAUCAGACAUUACUACAUGAUUUUUUGAGUUUUUUCUUUUUAUUUAAUAUUUAUUAUUAAUAUGUCUAAGCUAAGACUUACUGAAGUUUUAAUUCGUUUCAUAUUAUAUGAAGAAUAUAUCCGCUUUCACUGUUUAGAAAAACUCAAAUCCUUUUACUGUUACAUUUAUAAUUUUUGUUACUGGUUAAUAUUGAUUUUAGUAGAAAAACUUUAUUAAUUUAAUAACCUCAAAAUCGCGUUACACACAAAGAAAACCAAACAGUAUUGAAAACUCUCAGAUAAACCAAAUAAUCUAAGAAUUUGUACAACCUUGAGGAAUCGUGUUGAUGCAAAUAAUACAACUCGAACUAGAAUAUGAAAAAGUGAAAUAUUUUUUAGCAAUCAUAUCAUAACUUUAUACAAAUAAUCUGCAAUAAAGUGUUGAAUUAAUUGAAACUUCGAAUAAAUAAAUAUAAAGUUACAAAAACCAAUUCAAAUUUAAGCUGACCAAAUUUAAGAAUUGAGCACAUAUCGAGAUAUCGCUACAAACAUGCAUAUAAAGAAUAUCAAAACACAUAUGUACAUAUAUAAUUAUCAAUAAACAAAUAAAUAGCCAAAUACCAUUCUAAAAGCAAGAAGACAUAAAAUACUUUAAAAAUAAAAUAUAAAAGCUAAUUUCUAUGUUUGAGAAAGUCUGAUAGACGACUAUGUACUGUGCAUGGGUACAACUGAGUAUGAAGAACAAUUCUUCUUAAUAAUACUAAUUUUUGUGGAAAUUUAUUUUAAGAUUGAAAUAAAGAGCAAUCGAUUCUUUUCGUCAUAAGAUUCGUCUUUUGACUCCCAUAAGUUAACCUCUCUAUGGUUUUUACAAUUAAUUUCCAUAUUAUUGUUUUUCGCGUAUAUAUCUUCAUAACUUUGGUAAAAAUCAUACCCAGAAAUCGUUUACCAAAUUUAGUCUGCCCAAGUCUAGUGAUCAUCUUAUAUGGCGAUAACAAUAACAGCGAAGCGAUUGGAAUUGAGGAAAAUCCUGCUUUACUGAGACAUUUUUGUAUUUCUAUUGCUUUUUAUCCCCAAUGAAUGAUAAAAUAAUUAAUAUAGCUCCGACUUUUUAUAGAAAUUCGACAACUCUAAGGCUUCAUUUGUAAUAUUUUUGGGGCUAAGGUUAUAGUUUUUAAAUAGAUAGAGAUUAUUAUCUCAUGCAUAUUGUAAAAAUUAUAAUUAAAAACUCGUGAGGAUAAAAAAACUUGAGUGGCAUUUAUAAUUUUUAUUUUAUAACAAAUGGUAGUUUUCAUACCUUUCAUCUUACACCAGCUACCCAUUCAACCUGGAGAUUACUUGUAAAUUUUUCUAGUAUUUCACCGAAUAAUACAAUGGUAUGAAGAAAUAUCCUUUCGAAUAAUUUUUCUCAGGUUCGAAAGCAAAAGUAAUAUUAAAACCCGUUUUAUCAAGCUUCGAUAAGGAGAUCUCGAGGCAAUGACUUUAACUAACUGAGAAAUCAACAUACUACAUCCCAGAAUUGACGCGUCAAUUGUAAAAGAAGUGUCGAGGGUGCUAGCCUCCAGAAAUUCCACGUCUUGCUUUAAUAAAUGUUGAAAAGACUCUUUUCACAAAAGUUUUAUUAACCAUCUUCUUAAAGUAUGAAAAUCUUUACAAUUUCUUGGAAUCGAUCAAAUUAGAUAUGCGCUUUCCAGGUUUAGAUUUGUGAACAGUGAUACAUGUCUUUCUCUUUUUAGGGGAGCGUGAGCUCUGCAAAGUCUUUAGAUGGUAUUCAAUUUCUUUCCAUUUCCAUUUAGCUUCCAUAUUUUUUUAGUAUGAAACUAAUUGUGGGCGAUUUAUGAGCACACAAUAAAAUCGCCAUGCACCUCAUACAUAUACUACCAAAUUGCAUACUAGUAUGUGUAUAUAAUCUAUCUAAAAACAAAAAGAUAUCACAAACUUAAUAAUGUAUGGGUAAAUAUAUACCAACUUACUGAGAAAAUAAUUUAAUUUUGAAACUAUAAUUUACAGAAAAUAUUAACCUUUUCAUAAUCAAAUAAAAAACAAAUAAAUUGGAAUAUGUGCAUUGAUUGAAGGCCUCAUGUGAAUACAGACACAUAUAUGAUAUACAUAACUAUAUACAAACUUUUAAUAACAAAAAAGUUUAUCAAAGGAAAAUGAUGGUUUACCUUUCGAAUUUGCGUAUUUAAUCACAGUGGAAUUUAAAGAGUGGAUUUUGCUAAUUUUACGAUAUUUUUACAUUUUUUAUACAAACAUAUUAAUAAAUCGUGUAUAACACACACACAAUGAGAAAUAUAUAAUAUAAAUAAUUUAAAUUUAAAUUUAAAUAUAAAUAAUAGAACUUAUAUCUCCAAGCAUAUGCAUAUAUACUAUACAUAUACAAAUAUACAAAGUAUAUAUAUGUAUGUAUCAAUAAUAAUAACUGGUUAUACAUAGUUAAAUGCAUAUUAGAAGAGUCUUACCAUGAAAUACAAAAUUUAUACUCAUAAUUUAUUUACUUAAAUUUACAUUGACACAUGAUGGUUAGCUCCCUAGGAUUUAGAGAAUCAAAAUUAGUUUAUAUGUGUAGUAAAAACAUUAUAUUCAAAAAUUAUAUUUAGAAAUAACCAAAAAAGUGCAUACCUUCUAGGGUACAUACAAACAAACAUAUGUAGUGUGCAAGAAAAACAAAUUUUUAUGUAUAAUAUUGUUACAUAAUACAAAUAUUAUAACUAAUUAGCACAAUAAUUGACUAUGAACAAUAUGAAAAAACAAUAAACGUUAAUACAUAGAUACUUACAUAUAAAAGUUAGAAAUUUUAGACAUAAAUUUCGAAAUAAAUUUGGGUUUAAUUGAUCUGU